AGAAAAUCACAGCAGCGAGAGAACAUAAGAAAGAGGGAACGAAAGAAAACAAAAAAAGAGAAAAAAAUCAAAGAGAGGAGAAAACGAGGGCUUCAUCUCUCUCUCUCUCUCUCUGCAAAUCUCAUUCUCUCGUCAUCCGAUCGAUUUUCCUGCCUUUUGAAAGCAUUUUCUCGAUCGAUCGAUGGCUGCUCUGAAGUACCUGGAAUCGCAGCGGAACGCUCAUCCAGAGCUCGCAGACUGGUACAACUCGCUGGAGGAUCUCUACCAGAAGAAGCUAUGGCACCAGCUCACCCUCAAGCUCGAUCAGUUCGUUGCUCUAGCCGUCUUCCAGGCGGGUGAUACUCUAAUACAAUUGUAUCACAAUUUUAUCAGUGACUUCGAGACAAAGAUCAACCUCUUAAAACUUGCACAUUUCGCUGUUAUAGUUUCUCGACAGUAUCCAGAAAAAGAGGCUGCCAUUGCCUAUCUUGAAGGGGUGAUUGAAAAGCUUCGUGCAACGAAGGAGAUUCGGUUAGAGGAGGCAAUUCUCCAUGUAAAGAUGCAAAUAGCUGCAUUCAAACUCGAGCAAGGUGACCAGAAAGAGUGCAAGAAGCUUCUGGAGGAUGGGAAGACUACUCUGGACAGCAUGACUGAUAUCGAUCCUUCUGUUUAUGCAAGCUAUCACUGGAUUUCAUCUCAAUACCAUAAAUAUCGUCAGGAAUUCGCGGAGUUCUAUAAAAGUGCUCUUCUUUAUUUGGCUUACACAACCGUGGAGUCUCUUUCAGAAACAUUCAAGCUGGAUUUGGCCUUUGACUUGUCCCUUUCGGCAUUGUUGGGAGAUAACAUUUACAACUUUGGUGAACUGCUAGCACACCCAAUUAUGAAAAGUCUUGUGGGGACAAAAGUGGAGUGGCUUUACUAUAUACUUCAGGCAUUUAACACUGGUGACUUGGUUCGCUAUCAAGAACUCUGCCAGGUUCACACGGCUGCCCUGAGUGCACAGCCUGCAUUAGUAGAGAACGAGAAGAAAUUGCUGGAGAAAAUCAACAUUCUGUGUCUGAUGGAAAUAAUCUUUAGUCGUCCCUCAGAAGACCGAACAAUUCCACUGAGUGUCAUCGCAGAACGUACUAAACUAUCUAUAGAAGAUGUGGAGUAUCUUCUUAUGAAAAGCCUCUCUGUUCAUCUCAUUGAGGGCAUUAUUGAUCAAGUGGAGGGAACGGUUCAUGUCUCGUGGGUGCAACCAAGGGUUUUGGGGAUACCGCAGAUCAAAUCACUGCGCAACCGGCUGGACAAUUGGGUAGAGAAGGUACAUACUGCUUUGUUAUCUGUCGAAGCAGAGAUCCCUGAUCUAGUGGCAUCAUGAUUCUUCAACUCUGCACCACUCUUUCCCGUCUGUAACAAUCAACGGCUCAAAAGAAUCAAAGAAUAGAAAAAACAAAAAAGAAAAAAGAAAAAAGAAGGAAAGAUUGCACGUCUCCAACUUCGGGUCCUUCCUCUUCCUUUUUGCCAUUUUAAUCUUAUUUUUCCUUGUAAUUUUUGUGAAAGGGGCGGUAGCUAGGUGCUGGCUGUGCGGCCUGUAUUUUUUAUUUUUAUUUUUUCAAAAAUUCUUCCGGAGUGUUUGUUGGACGUCAGUGACUGGGGGGAUAGGGAUGGACAAGAACGGCUGUUUUUCUCUUUCGUGACGAACCCCUAGGCUUUAUAGCUAUAACCCUUGCCUUUGGGUUAUAUGAUCACUGCGGCUCUGGUUUUGCCAGCCGUGAAAGUGGAGAGAUAAUUGGGAUACUCUUCCCUUAAAAUUGAGGGCACAAUCAAUGGUUUGAAUUUGUUAUUGGAAAUCGGUUUAGGCUA